CUUGAGGAAGCCGACAUUUUUAGUCAGGAAAAAAGAGAUAUAUAUCAAAAGAAGUUGCGGCGUUGUUCUUCGCAUCAGGACAUAGCGUCCCACAACAGCAAUUAAACAGCUCCCCCAAGUGGUGUAAAGAUAUAUUGCAACUUUAAUUCAGUUGACGAUGAAAAAAACAAGUACGAUGAAAUGGCAACUGCCACUCUUCCAAUCCGCUCACGUUGGAGCUUUCAAUUGGGCGAGUUUGACGGGGAAAGGGUAUGUAUGUUGCUUUGUUCUGCUCCCGUACUUCUAAUCCUGCGAGCAUGACGUUCAAUAUUCCCAUUGAUGUCACCUGAAAGGUUUUCAUGCGCACAUUAGAAAUGCACGCACGGCCUCAACAGUGUGUUCAUGAAAUGUUCUUCGACAUUCUAUUUUGAAAAGACACAAAGAAACACAAAUUAAUUGCAUGAAAGCUGAUGUUUAACUUGUACAGUCCAAUGAAACAAUGUGGCUAAUGUGAGCUGAAGCAGCGAGCAUUUCAUUGUUGCUCAACCCAACUGAAAAGUCACUUUUGAUGAGGUCUUUCAGCAUGACUUUUAAAAUAUAAAAUUAAAAUAAUAUGUAAAAUCGCGACGAGAUUGACGUUAGCAUGCGGCUAAGCUAACGCCACUAAAGUUCUUAUGUCCAAUAAAUCAAUAUUUCUGAAGUAAAAAUGCGUGAAACUUUGGUCAGUCACAGUACAUAAUCUGCUAAACAUAAAUACGGAUUCAGAUGAAGAAACCAUUGAGAAUCUUUUUUUAUCAAUUGAAAUUUGUUGCUUAACACUUGUAAUGACUGCAAUCCACCGAAGUUACUGUACAAUAAAUGAAUAUUUCUGCAGUUAAAAUCUAUGAGACCUUGCUGAUUCAUAGUACUUAACCUACUGAACAUGAAUAUGAAGUCUGAUCUCUGUCAAGCCUUUAUGACUUCAAUCAUUGUGGUGCUCUUGUAAUGUACAGUCAGUUCAUUUUCAGUAGUAAUACCAGAGGACUUCUGGAUUCAGUGACCACAAGUCCUGCGUGUGGUUUCCCUGGAUAUGAUGAUGAAAUACUAGUUGACUGACCCUAGAGGCACCUCGCAGCUUGCCGAUGAUGUGUCCCAUUGACUUUGUUGCUCUGGAAGUCUUAAAAAGACUGAUGAAUUUGUUACAUUGUCACAUUUGGAUGAUGAUGGUAAAAGGAUGAUGAUGAUCUCAAGUUCCAUUAUCCUCGAACCAUCUAUUGACAACAUUGAUCGUCAUCACAAAAAGUGAAAUGCCUGGAAACUAAGCGUGGUUAAAAGAACAAGAGUACUCAAUCAGUACGAAAGCAAGAUGAAGUACCUGUCUUUCCUUGAAAUAAUUUCAACUGUUAACUUCAAUUAAGAAUCUUUCAAGAAGAUUUCUUUUUUCCUCUUGAAUCUUGACACUGUGUUUAGUUCCUUGUCAAGAAUUAACUGAACAUCAGUUUUUUUGUUUUUUUGUGGAACCAUUGACUUCCUAGGUCACUGUACAGUGCUUCAGGAGUCUGGAAUGACUGGCCCAGAGAUGACGGUGGAACCCAUAGAUAGAUAGAUAGAUAGAUAGAUACUUUAUUGAUCUCUGAAGAGAAAUUCCCAUUUCCAGCAGCAUGACAGGUGGAAACAUAAGAGCAAGUUAAAAAAAAAAAAAAAAAAAAAUGCUACAAUGAGAUAGGAAAUUAAAAUUAAAAUAAAAUUAAAAUAAAUAACAACAGUUCAGCAUGUGAAUGUGUGUGUGUCACGAACUAAAGUGCACGUGUGUCUUUGGUGUGAGUGUGUAGUGAGUCUAGAGUGUAUUUGUCCAUUUUAUCAUCCUUCCCGAGAGAUGUUGAAGAGCCGAAUGGCGUGAGUGAGGAACGACCUCCUCAGUCUGUCUCUGGAGCAGGACAAUGACAGCAGUCUGUCGCUGAAACUACUCCUCUGUCUGGAGAUGGUGUUGUGCAGAGGAUGACUGGGAUUGUCAAUGAUGGACAGAAACCUGUUCAAUGCCCGUCUCUCUGCCACUGAUGUUAGGCUGUCCAGCUCUGUGCCAACAACAGAGCCUGCCUUCCUCACCAGUUUGUCCAGGCGUGCAGCAUCCUUCUUCUUCAAGCUGCUCCCCCAGCACACUACUGCAUACAUGAGGGCGCUCGCUACCACAGACUGGUAGAAGAUCUGUAGCAGCUUCUUGCAGAUGUUGAAGGACGCCAGCCUUCUGAGAAAGUACAUGCGGCUCUGUCCCUUUCUGCACAGAGCAUCAGUGUUGGCAGUCCAGUCCAGUUUGUCAUCCAACUGCACUCCCAGGUAUUUGUAAGUGUGGACCACCUCCAUGAACCUCCCAUGAACAGUUCCUGAAUGCGCUACGCUGUAAGAGAAAUGGGAGGGAACCAUGGGAAAAAAGUGUGAACCAUUGGCUUGUAAUAAGUUUAAAACUCAUGUUCCUGGUCUGCACAGGUCCUUAGAAGAUGGUGGAGAAACUGCACAAGAAGCUGCCUAUGGCAUGUUCACGCAGGCUUUUGUGGACACCAACAACGCCAACUUCAACUGAGAGCUGGAGCCUGGACUUCAGUGACUCACAGAAGGCAGCACACAUAACCAGUGUUUUAUUUGACUUGAGCCCUGAUCCAAGGAGCCUGGAGACUGUUUCUUAGGUCUGGACAUGCACUUCACCCGAGCUGCCACUUCAUGGUUUCUGAGUGACAUUUGAAAGAGUUGAUGGUCAACCAGGUAAGUUCACACCGCGAGCGACACGACUGAUUUGCAUACAAGGUCAAAGGAGUUGGGCGAUUGACGGCGAUCAGCGGCGACCAACAUGGCAGCGACACGACUGGAGUGUGCGACGCUACGCGAUUUGAGCUACAUAUGUUCUGGCUACUCGAGACGACACAACUGGGCUACUGCGACAGUCGCAGUUCCAUUUUUUGAACUACUGCGACCAGUCGCGGUGCGUUGACCAAUCAGAGACCAUAUCCCGAGUGACGUAACGCAUGAGGGGAAAAUUGGAAAAGAAAAGGACAAGAUGGACGACACGCUGAUUUCUGCGGUGGCUGCAUGCCCGGUCCUUUACGACCCGCAAUGCCCCUUUUACCAAGACAGAAACAGAAAGGAGCUUGCCUGGAGGGAAGUCAGCAAAACCAUUGACGUCCCUGUGGAGAUCUGCAAAAAAUGGAAGGGACUCAGGGAUAUUUACAUGAGAGAGAAGAUGAAGGCCAUGGAGAAAAAGAGUGGGUCAGUGGCAUGUAGCCAGGUAAAGUGGAGGAGGUUCGCCGUCCUCUCCUUCCUGGACCCCUUCAUCACCCCGAGGGAGACGUCGGGGAACAUGACUGCAGCAGCACCACCACCACCAGCAGCAGAUCACGUUGGAGCUCAUUUUACUCAUUUUACUGAAACAUGCCAUCAUGUUGAUGAUGAGGAAGAGGAGGAAUUUGAAGAAACCCUUGAUGAAGGUACAGAACCUCCUGCUUCCUCAUCUGGUGCUGCUGCUUCGUCAGCUCCUCCACCUUCACCUGCCGCUGGCCCAUCCACAUCCUCUGCUGGACCCCGAAAACAAAAAAGGAAGCGGUCAUCCACAUCAUCUGUGGAAGAGGAGGCUCCACCUCCCUCAGCAGAGGAGUGAUUUUUUAUGAGCCUGGUUCCUAUCAUCCAGAGAUUGUCGUUAGACAAAAAAGAAGCUCUUCUUCUGGACAUUCACCAUUUAGUUUAUGAACGCACUCGGGAAACAAGCAGCUAAUUAGGUUAUUUCUUUUAUUGAUUUAUUUAUUUAUGUAUUUUUCAUUUCCAAUUUCUGGAUCAUAGGAACCAGGCUCCCUGUCCUUCCUCUUCUCUCUCAAGUCCCUCAUUCCUCCAGGCAAGCUCCUUUCAUAAAGAGUCUAUUUAAGUUGUGUAUGUACAGCAAUGUGUCUUUUUGUUCAUAAAUGUUUUGAGUGGGAACCUUGGUCUUGUUGUCGAAAUGCUUAGUUUCAAGUUACGAAACUGAA